AUGGACAGCGAGUGGCACUCGUGCGACGUGUCCUGCAAGACCUGCUUUGGCCCUCAGGCUCUUGACUGUUCUGCCUGCCAUGAAGGAUGCAGCUUUCUGUACCUGCUGCUGGACAGAGUGUGCAAGGCCAGCUGUCCGGAGGGGUCCUUCAGGGACCUGGACCAGGGACGCCGCGUCCCCUGCCACUCAACCUGCGCCCCUGCAGGACGACUGCGAGACCUGCUCCGCCCACUACCCCAAGCUCACACCCCUGCCGCUCUUCCCGUCUCCUUCAUCGCCAUCCUGGGCCUGGCGCUGGCCGCGUACGCCCUGGUCCAGGAAGAGGCUGUGCUGGCACGACCCGCGGCGGCAGCGACCGUCUGGACCGCGACCGCUGCCCCACGGCGAGACGACUGUGAUGGUGAGAAACGGCCUCUCAGACUAACUCACUUGCUUGAGGAGGAUCAAGGCGGUUUACUCGCCUGCUCGGCAAUCAUCAGAGGGGACACAGAAGGCCUGGAGGAGACCAACCUCAGCAGGUUGCUGGCCUCGAGGAAGAAGAGCAGGGUUCUGUCCGAGGCUUUCUUCCUGAACGCCACGCGGGACUGCAAGGCUUACUUGAGAGAGAGGAAAUUCCUCACCUCCACCCCGAGCCGGGAGGAGACCGAGUUCCCCGUCGCGUAUUCCAUGGUGGUCCACGAACAAAUCGAGAUGUUCGAGAGGCUCCUGCGGGCCAUAUACGUGCCCCACAACAUUUACUGCGUGCACGUGGACCGCAAGUCCCCUGAUGCCUUCAAGCUGGCCGUCCAGACCAUCGUCUCCUGCCUGCCGAACGUGUUUGUGGCCAGCAAGCUGGAGAGCGUGGUAUACGCCUCCUGGUCCCGGGUGCAGGCGGACCUCAACUGCAUGGAGGACCUCAUGAAGUCGCCCGUCCGGUGGAGGUACCUGCUCAACACCUGCGGCACCGACUUCCCCAUCAAGACCAACGGCGAGAUCGUGCGGGCCCUCCAGCUGCUCGACGGCAGGAACAGCAUGGAGUCGGAGGUGCCGAGUGCUCAGAAGAAGGAUCGCUGGCUGUACCGCCACGACGUGACGCGCGGCGCGGUGGUCAGGACGUCUUCGAAAAAGGGCCCUCCCCCCAUCGGCACCCCCAUGUUCUCCGGGAACGCUUACUUCGUGGUCACUCGAGAGUUUGUGAGGAACCUGUUUGAAAGCGAGGAGGUGCGCUCCCUUAUCGAGUGGGAGAAGGACACGUUCAGCCCCGACGAACACCUCUGGGCAACGCUGCAGCGAAUGCCCUCCGUGCCCGGCUCCAACCCGCCCAACAGCAAGUUCCAGCAGUCGGACAUGCAGGCCAUCGCACGCCUGGUGAAGUGGAGCUACCUUGAAGGGGACGUGAGGAAAGGAGCGCCCUAUCCACCGUGCACCGGGACUCACCGAAGAGCCAUAUGCGUCUACGGGACCGGGGACCUCCGCUGGAUGCUAAGUCAGCACCACCUUCUAGCCAAUAAGUUUGACCCCCAAGUGGAUGACCUUACCAUCAGGUGCCUGGAAGCGUACCUCCGUUACAAAGUGGUUUAUGGUAAACCAUUAACUGAAAUGGUAGGGGAAACGCACUGUGCAGCUUUUCACGUGUGGGUCAUGAAGGACAUCCGCAGGGGAACAGGUGUGACUUUACCCACGCUCUACACAAAUGCAACAUGA